UGGCAAAGGCAUGCGUGUCUGGUACAGCAGGAUGUAGCCCGAACGCAAACUGCAUUACAAUACAGGGGUCUUAUCUGUGCGAAUGUAAACCCGGGUUUGAAGGAGACGGCUUCAAAUGUGUGUCUACGAGCCCUGCCGGUCCAGCCAUUCGACGGUACAGCGAUACAUCAAUGCUUGGGCGGAUAUAUAGGUCCACAAAUUUUGAGCAAAUACCACUUGAUAAAGAUCUGAAACCGUAUCCUAAUCCUUACCCCACCGCUGACCCCAACUACCCAAGUACUAGCGCGUCUUAUUCCCCCUAUCAAAGUACGUCUCCAUCGUAUUCCUCCUACCCCAGCACGUCCCCAUCUUAUCCUAGUAAGAAAUCGGCCAAGAAGGCAAAAUCAUCAAAAAAGAAAGGAAAGUCGUCCAAAAGUAAAAAUUCAUCAAGAAGUAGGUCUGGUCUACCCAUGGCUCAGCAACCUUUCAUGUAUGCACCGUCAAGCAUGUUCAAAAACAUUGAGAAGCACUUGUUCCUGUAGAAGGGGCUGCAUACUAUCAGUGAGACGGAUACAUGUCUAACUUUACAAGAUAAAAGUAACUUUCAGACAAAAACAAGGAAAUCAAUAAUAGCAAUCUAAUAUAAAACCUGUGUGAUCUGUCUUUUAAACAAGAUCUUGAUAAGUAAAUAUAUAUGCUGAACCUGUAGCAUCCCACUUUGUCAUGUGAACCUGAGUCACCUAAAAUAUUUCAUUCAGAAUUUGAUAUGUAUUGAAUUACGUAAAGUUGUGUUUUGAAAACAUUAAUUUUUAUUCAGAAAUAUAAGAAUGUGGGUGAACUGUUUAUACUUAAAUGAUUAAAUGUGUUGAUCUACAAAAGUUGUUGUUCUGUUAUAUAUAGUUGUCUUUCUGACUCCAGUCGGCAUUAAUGAGAAACCAGGUGGUCGAUCAGUAACAACUAGUAUUUUGUUCGAAAAGGUUAUGAAAAACAUGUUUUAUCAGUAAUUAUCCGGCAAAUGUCGAAAGAAAAAAAAAACCCAAUACGUUAUGUUUUUGCCCCUGCCAUGGAAUUCGGGAAGGGCGUAUAUUGUUACCCAUGUCCGUCCCGUCCUGAUGCACUAGUUGAUCUCGGGAACCGCUAAGGUUUCGGGGUGUCAAGUGGCAGCGAGGGCAUUUAUGUCUUACACCCAUUUUCUAGUUACUUAUGUAUAUACAGUCUCCGUUUUCUGUGUCCUUCCGUUGUAUAGAGUAUACUAUAUAUGAAUUAAAACGUUACGUAGUGAAAUCAUAUCAGCAUGACUACAAUUGUGAACCCGAUAUCAUUGACAGAAGUGAAUUGGCUAAUACAAGAUAUUCACAAACCUUCAUUAGUAGAGUAAAAUAACGAAUCAUUGCUACGC